AUGGUCGGCAUGGGUCAGAAGGACUCGUACGUGGGUGACGAGGCCCAGAGCAAGCGAGGUAUCCUGACCCUCAAGUACCCCAUCGAACACGGAAUCAUCACCAACUGGGACGACAUGGAGAAGAUCUGGCACCACACCUUCUACAACGAGCUCCGAGUGGCGCCCGAGGAACACCCGAUCCUGCUCACGGAGGCACCCCUGAACCCCAAGGCCAACAGGGAGAAGAUGACCCAGGUGCACCAUCAACAAUAUACCCCAGCAUAUCAUUUAGUACUGCACAUCAAUCACUGA